AUGUCUCAGUUUCGCGCCAAAAAGCUGGACAUUGCCGGGUUCAUCAACCCGCGCAUCAUCAGAGAUCACACAAAGCGACAAGUCUUCAAACAAUUUGAACCUGAAAGACAAGCUCUUCGCUACCUCGUCCGCAACACUUCUCUCCCCAUGCGUGUCCGCGCCCAAGCCCAACUCAAGCUCUCCCAAAUGCACUGCUACACCAAUCCCACACAGAUCAAGAACAGAUGUACGGCCGGAGGCAUAGCGAGGGGUGUUUUCAGAGAUUUCAGACUGGGAAGGUUCCAAUUCCGUAUGCAAGCCCUUGCUGGAAAACUUCCAGGUGUCAGGAAGGCGAGUUGGUAA